UCCCCGUUCCCUGGAACGCUCAGCCUUCACAGAGGCCGACUUCAGGUCCGCCACUAUCCCAGGAUUCCCGACUCCCGGUUUCCUGCCCUCCCCUCCCAGCUGCCGGCGUCUGAGGGAGCGGCAAGAUGGCGGACGGUGACGGCUUGGGUGAAGCCGCGGCUGCGGCGGCCUCACCUCUUGCACCUGCUCCCGGCCUGAGCCCGCCGCCGGGCUGGAGGGAGCGGCUGCGGGCCGGGCUGGCGGGGACUGGGGCCUCGCUGUGGUUCGUGGCGGGGCUGGGGCUGCUUUACGCUCUGAGGGUCCCGCUGAGGCUGUGUGAGAAUUUGGCAGCGGUGACAGUAUUUUUAAAUUCAUUGACACCCAAAUUCUAUGUGGCACUUACAGGGACAUCUUCUUUGAUAUCAGGACUAAUAUUUAUAUUUGAAUGGUGGUACUUCCAUAAACAUGGCACAUCUUUUAUUGAGCAAGUAUCUAUAAGCCAUUUGCGACCGCUAAUGGGAGGAACAGAAACCAGCAUUUCAGAGCCAGGUUCUCCUUCCAGCAACAGAGAAAGUGAAACCAGCAGACAUAACUUGUCAGAAUGCAAGGUAUGGAGAAACCCUCUAAAUCUUUUCAGAGGAGCAGAAUAUAGGAGAUACACUUGGGUGACUGGUAAAGAGCCUCUUACAUACUAUGACAUGAAUUUGUCAGCUCAGGACCAUCAGACUUUUUUCACCUGUGACACGGACUUUUUACGUCCUUCAGACACAGUUAUGCAGAAGGCAUGGAGGGAAAGAAAUCCUCCAGCUCGAAUCAAAGCAGCCUAUCAAGCUUUAGAAUUAAACAAUGACUGUGCCACUGCGUAUGUUCUACUGGCUGAGGAAGAAGCAACAACUAUUGUAGAUGCUGAAAGGUUAUUUAAACAGGCACUCAAGGCAGGAGAAACAAUUUAUAGGCGAUCACAGCAAUGCCAGCACCAAAGUCCUCAGCAUGAAGCUCAACUGAGAAGAGAUACCAAUGUACUGGUAUAUAUUAAAAGAAGAUUGGCAAUGUGUGCAAGAAAAUUAGGAAGAAUAAGAGAGGCAGUUAAGAUAAUGAGAGAUUUGAUGAAAGAAUUUCCUCCUCUUACCAUGUUGAACAUCCAUGAAAAUCUCCUAGAAUCACUUUUAGAAUUACAGGCCUAUGCAGAUGUUCAGGCAGUCCUAGCAAAAUAUGAUGAUAUAAGCCUUCCAAAGUCAGCAGCAAUCUGUUAUACAGCAGCACUGUUGAAGACAAGGACUGUUUCAGAUAAAUUCUCUCCAGAAACAGCAUCCAGAAGAGGCUUAAGCACAGCAGAAAUUAAUGCUGUGGAAGCAAUUCACAGAGCUGUGGAAUUUAAUCCUCAUGUACCAAAAUAUUUACUAGAGAUGAAAAGUCUGAUUUUGCCUCCAGAACACAUUCUGAAACGGGGUGAUAGUGAAGCAAUUGCCUAUGCUUUCUUUCAUCUUCAGCAUUGGAAGCGAAUAGAAGGUGCCCUUAAUCUGUUACAAUGUACAUGGGAAGGCACUUUUAGAAUGAUUCCAUACCCACUAGAGAAAGGCCACCUAUUUUACCCUUAUCCCAGCUGCACAGAGACUGCUGAUAGAGAGCUGUUACCUACCUUUCAUCAUGUUUCUGUUUACCCAAAGAAGGAGCUUCCUUUUUUCAUUCAUUUCACAGCAGGACUGUGUUCUUCCACAGCAAUGAUAGCUCUUCUCACACACCAGUUUCCUGAAAUCAUGGGUGUUUUUGCUAAAGCUGUAAGUAUGAUCUCAAGGACUUGUGUAGAGUAUUUGUAAAACACACAAGAAACCAUCUUUGAUCUGUACGUGGCAAUCCAGUUUAUCAGUGGAAGAUAUUUGUCAUAGUAAAUUACAGGAAUUGAUUUGUAAAGUUGCUGCCAUAAAUAUGUCAAAUAUAAAUUUUUCAGUGAUUUGAGCUAUUUUUUUGUUGCUUAAAAGUUUAAAGAAUACAAUGGCAUAACAUUAUAAAAUUGAUCUUUGGAGAUCACUUUUGGUGGUAAACAUAGCAAUUAUUUCCUGCUAAAGAACAAUCCAACACUUCUAAAUGCAUUUUCUUUGGCAUUUAAAACAUUUCCCUAUUUUAUAACAAGCUGUUUGAUUUUUCUGUUUAAAUGAAAUUGUUAGUUCUAAGGAUUUGCUGAACUUUAAAGUCAAGAGUGCAACUAGAAUGGAGAAUAGGUAGGUAAGAUGAGACAGAUGGGACAUUUGCCCUGGAUACAGGAUGUGCCGCCCUGUUACUGUAUCUGCAUGUCCUUAUUGACUUUCCCCAACAUUGGUUUUAGAACCAUGUAUAGAGCUUUAUUUUCAUUUUUACCCUUUAGUUUUGAAGUGCUUCCCCAUUUCCUGACCCAGGUCCAGGAAGUACUUGAGGACUGAUAUUAAAAAGGGUAUCCCAUGAUUAUUUACUCUUCUACAUGAACAUAAUUAAUGUCAUUGGCUCAAAGUAAAAUUCCCAGAGAUAGGUCCCUUUAAGUCUCCAAACCUUUUAAAAAAUGUGUCUUUCUUGUACAUCUUUGCAUUUUUAACAGGUAAUAAGAGUUCAAACCCAAAAAGAAAAUGCUGAUUUAUUAUAUUGUCAAAUAGAAAAGCACUGAGAACGUAGAAACACUAGCCCUUACUUGGUAAUGUAAUUUCUAUGUUCUUCUCUAUAUGCCUCCAUUCCACCUCCCUGUUUCCUCACAAUUUCUUUUCCUGCCUUAAGAAUAGUUUAUUUUGUGCCUUAAUGAUUAGUUGGUUUUCUUCUGGCACCAGUAGUAAGAACACUGGUUUCCCUUUUUCCCUGAAGGUCAACUGUAUAAUGUGUUAAGUUGCCACUGGCUGUAGGCCUAGGAGUCUGAGACUGCACUUGAUUCUGGGUCAAGCUUCAAGAAGAAUGACUUUCCACUGUUGUUCAGGGAGUAUAGAUAUUUGGGUUGGAAACUGACUGUUCUGUUUCUUUUUAGUGUAAAAAGGAAGCUUAGUGAUCAUACUAUAACUCUGUUAUUUGCAGUGGUACUGACUGGGGAGUGAGUGUGUCUCAGACUGAAAUAACCUUACUGUGUAAUCUGGCAUAGAAAAAAAAUUGACUAGAAGGGGAAUCCUGUCCAUUUAACAACUGGAAAAAAAAAUGCAGCUGUGUAUUUGAGAUCAGUCAAGCAAUGAGAGAGAUGGCCCUUGGGUAGUGAGAAGAAGGUGAAAUGGAACAAGGAGGGAUAUUUAGAAUCUGGAAUAGGUAUGUAUUGAUUGUUAGUAGUGUACUUCCAUGAAGUAUUGGCUAAAAUUAAUAUGGAGUGUACUCACUAUCUGCUCUAUCCAUCAUCAUUGGUAUAUAGUGUCUGCCUUUACCUGAAAGAUUACAGAUGAACCAGAAGAGCCUUUAAGAUUAUAUAGCACAAGCUCCUUAGCAUUCCUGUAGCAGAGUCUGAGAAUGAAUACUUAUGCAUUUUAAAGUGGAAACUUCUUUUUUAGACCAAAAGUUAUUUAUUUACUGUGAUUCUAGUUGAUGAACAAUAAACAGGCAUUUAUUUACUAU